GCAUUUUAACCGUAACGCACAGUUCCCUCUUUUCUUUCCGAAUCUGCUCGGCUUCUCGGCGAGGUGAGACGGUGAGAGUUGCUUCUGCAACCCACCUUCUUCCUCCAAGAACUGAUCAUCAGUUUCUCAUGCUCGCGAGUCUCGAUUCUCCGGGAGGUAUCAUUUUCAGUGCAUGCAUGUGGCUUUCUUCCUCUCCUUCCUGAUGCGACCUUUGGCUUGGUUUCAAUUUCUUUCCCUUUCUGGUGCCUUUUUUUUUUAGUCUCUUUGUGAGCACAAAACCCUAUUUCCUCUGCUAUGGAAGAAAACUUUCAGCAGAGUGAAAUGCAUUGUCCGCUCCCUUCCAUUUUAUCAUCUCUAAGAACUGACAGGUUCUUCGUUAACUUCUGCAAAUUCUAAUGUUACUCGAGUAUAACAUUUUAGUUUUUGAGCAUAUUAUUUAUGAAGUUUUAACUUUUAAGCCUAUUUUGAUGCGGAAAAAGCAUCGUCAAUUCGUUUUGUUUAUUUUUUCGUUUCUUAAUUUCUCUGUUCUCUCACGUAAUUCUGUUUAGGCCGAACUGUUCUAAUGCAUUGGAGUAAUUGAUUUUAUUUUAUUUUUUUUAAUUUUUUUUUCCAUUUAAAUUUGUUCAAUUUUCUCGAUUACAUCUUUGGAUCUUAUUAUUGUCGAUUAGAAGUAUCGAGUAGUUCUCCAGCGGUUCUAAAUCAAGUUGCUUCAGAGUUAUCGGUGUACUAAUGUCUGUUUGCCCUCUAAUUGAGGCAAACUUGCGUAAAACAAACAUUGCCGGUGGCAUUUCUUUCUAAGGAUUAGUAGAACGAGAAGCGAUACAGUUGCAAAGGGCAGAAAGGAGAAACCUGGUAUGCCACUUUAAUCAAGUGUUAAUUGCAAUUCUAGCCAUUCACUCGUGCUUCUAGAACUGCUUAUUUACGUAUGCUGAUUAAUAGUUUAAGGUCAAGAAUAUAAUCAAAGAGUGAUUAACCAGGGAGAAAACUGACAAGUUGAACUGAAAGCUGGGAGACUGGGAAGCUGUAAAUACAGUUAUAUCGUGAUUCGUCUUAUGUUGGUUCCCCAUUUUUGUUUCCGUUCUUCUGUUUCUUGAACAGUUUGGGAACUACUGAUUGGGCAAAAGAAGAUUGUAGUGAAAUGGAUGAAAAUACUCCGAGUGAUGAAUUUGAUUGGGACAGCAACGAUGAAAAUGAAAUUCAGAAGUCACCUUCAGCAUCUUGUUUGAAUUCUUCGAUUACUGGUCGAAAAGAGGGUACAAUUCCUGGGGAGGCUAAUUCAUCAGCAGGAAAUGGCCCUUCCAACUCCAAGCUGAUUCGUCAUUUUGUUGGAAUGGGAUUUUCCGAAAACUUAGUGGCUAAAGCAAUUAAGGAAAAUGGAGAAGAAAAUACAGAGACAAUAUUGGAAGCUCAAAUAUUGGAAGCUCUACUAACAUAUGUGGCUCUUGAGAAGUCACCUCCAGAAGGAGGCCAAAGUGUUUAUUCAGAUAUGCAUUCUUCAGAUAGUGAUGGUGAUUCUAAUAUCCGUCGUACAGAAAUUGAUGGAGAUUUUCUUGAUGACCUAUCAGAUGUUGAUGAGCUGUCAGAUGUGAGUGGUUGUCUUGGAGAUGAGGAAAACAUGGAUCAUUUGUCUGACAAGGAGAGGAAAUUGUUGCACCUGGUCGACAUGGGCUACUACAUAGAGGAGGCAUCAGCAGCUAUUGAUAGAUGUGGUCCAGACUCCUCAAUCAUGGAGCUGACUGAUUUUAUAUCUGCUGCUCAAAUGGCAAGGGCAUCUGAUGCUCAAAUGGGGGAGCUGCCUCGUUUACCUCCGGAUGAUCAGCCGGGCCCAAGUCAUAUCCAAAUUGAUCCUCGUAACAAGAAGAGACGAUCCUUUGAUGAUGAGAGGUGGGAAAAGAAAAGGCAAAGGGGGUAUGAAAAGAAAGUCCUGGAUGAAGAUGAGGACACGGUUCGUCUUCCAAACCCAAUGGUAGGAUUUGGGGUCCCUGGUGAACCAGCAGUCAUGAUUCAUAGAACACUUCCAGAGGGAGCCACUGGGUCACCAUACUUCUAUUAUGAAAAUGUGGCACUUGCUCCCAAAGGUGUUUGGAGAACGAUUUCACGAUUCUUAUAUGAUAUUGAGCCAGAGUUUGUUGAUUCUCAACAUCUCUGUGCAGCUGCAAGAAAGAGAGGCUAUGUUCACAAUCUCCCAAUCCAAAAUAGACAUCCUAUUCUACCUCUUCAGCCACGCACCAUACAUGAGGCACUUCCCUUAACCAAGAAAUGGUGGCCCUCAUGGGACCGAAGGACAAAGUUAAAUUGCUUACAAACUGUUACUGCAAGUGCCAAGUUAACUGAGAGGAUACGUAGGGCCCUUGAAGGCUGUGAAGGUAUCCCACCUCUAAAGGUCCAGAAGGAUAUCCUUGAUGAAUGCAGAAAAUGGAAUCUUGUUUGGGUUGGAAGGAAUAAGGUUGCACCUCUUGAGCCUGAUGAGAUAGAAAUGUUAUUAGGGUUUCCUAAGAACCACACGAGGGGCGGUGGAAUUAGUAGAACUGACAGACUUAAAGCAUUGGGUAAUUCGUUUCAGGUUGACACAGUGGCCUAUCAUCUCUCUGUCUUAAAGGAUAUUUUCCCACGUGGAAUCAACCUCUUAUCGCUUUUUUCUGGAAUUGGUGGUGCUGAAGUAGCUUUACAUCGGCUUGGUAUCCCUUUGAAGAAUGUUGUUUCAGUUGAAAUUUCAGAAACUAGCAGAAAUAUUUUGCGGAGCUGGUGGGAGCAAACAAACCAGACAGGUAAACUGAUUGACUUUCCAGAUGUUCAACAAUUGAAUGGUGAUAGAUUAGAGCAGCUGAUUAGCUCAUUUGGAGGCUUUGAUCUUGUUGUUGGUGGGAGUCCAUGCAAUAACCUUUCGGGCAGCAACCGGGUGAGCAGAGAUGGGCUUGAGGGCAGACAUUCUUCUUUGUUUUAUGAUUAUUUUCGCAUUCUAGACCUUGUGAAGUCUAUAAUGGGGAAAAAUUAGUGUCUAAUAUCAACUGACUUAAUUAGCUUCAAACAAGUUUUGAGGAAAUGGAACCCGAUCAGGUGAAUUGUCUGAUUCGAAUCGGAAUUGACAACACCUGAUCCUGAUUCCGGCCAAUUUUUUAACCUUCUUUUAAAACCAGUAUUCAAUGUUUGUUCUUCA